AUGAGGUGGCAGAGCGGCACUCGGUUUAGAGGGCUUCGGCCGGCGGCGGCCCCAUGGGCAACUCUGCUGGCGCUGGGCCUCCCUGGUUGGGUGUUGGCUGUCUCGGCCACGGCUGCUGCUGUAGUCCCCGAACAGCAUGCGUCCUCAGCUGGCCAGCCACCCCUGGACUGGCUGCUCACGGACCGGGGCCCCUUCCACCGCGCUCAGGAGUACACUGACUUCGUGGAGCGGUACCGCCAGGGGUUUACCACCAGGUACAGGAUCUACAGGGAGUUUGCCCGUUGGAAAGUGAACAACUUGGCUCUGGAAAGGAGAGACUUCUUCAGUUUGCCAUUGCCUCUUGCCCCAGAGUUUAUCCGGAACAUCCGCCUCCUGGGAAGGAGACCCAACCUGCAACAGGUUACCGAAAACCUGAUCAAAAAGUACGGCACCCAUUUCCUACUUUCUGCCACCCUUGGAGGAGAAGAGUCCCUGACCAUUUUUGUGGACAAGCGGAAACUGAGCCGAAAGACAGAAGCAGCAGGAAGUGCCCCUACAGUUGGGGGCAGUGGGAACAGCUCAGCCGUGUCCCUGGAGACCCUGCAUCAGCUGGCAGCCUCUUACUUCAUCGACAGAGAGAGCACCCUGCGGCGGCUGCACCAUAUCCAGAUAGCCACAGGGGCCAUCAAGGUCACGGAGACCAGGACCGGCCCUCUGGGCUGCAGCAACUACGACAAUCUGGACUCGGUCAGCUCAGUCCUGGUGCAAAGUCCAGAGAACAGAGUGCAGUUACUCGGCCUGCAGGUGCUGCUGCCUGAGUACCUGCGUGAGCGCUUCGUGGCUGCAGCGCUGAGCUACAUUACAUGCAGCUCUGAGGGCGAGCUCAUCUGCAAGGAGAAUGACUGCUGGUGCCAGUGCAGCCCUACCUUCCCUGAGUGCAACUGUCCUGAUGCGGACAUCCAGGCCAUGGAGGACAGCCUGCUGCAGAUCCAGGACUCCUGGGCCACUCACAACCGGCAGUUUGAGGAGUCAGAGGAAUUCCAAACCCUGCUGAAAAGGCUGCCUGACGACAGGUUCCUGAACUCCACAACCAUCUCCCAGUUCUGGGCCAUGGACGCUGGCCUCCAGCACCGCUACCAGCAGCUGGGAGCCAGCUUGAAAAUGCUGUUCAAGAAGAUGCAUCGGAUCGUCAGCCGGCUCUUCAACCUCUGCAAACGCUGCCACCGGCAGCCUCGCUUCCGUCUGCCCAAGGAGCGGUCCUUGUCCUUCUGGUGGAACCGAAUCCAGUCCUUCCUCUACUGUGGAGAAAGCACCUUCCCUGGCACCUUCCUGGAGCAGAGCCACAGCUGCAGCUGCCCCUAUGACCAAUCUUCCUGCCAGGGCCCCAUCCCAUGUGCCUUGGGUGAAGGGUCUGCCUGUGCCCACUGUGCCCGGGACAAUAGCACACGCUGUGGGGGCUGCAACCCGGGCUACGUGCUGGUCCAAGGGCUGUGCCGGCCAGAGGUGGCUGAGUCCCUGGAGAACUUUCUGGGGCUGGAGACAGACCUGCAGGACCUAGAGCUGAAGUACCUGCUGCAGAAGUGGGACAGCCGCAUCGAGGUGCACUCCAUCUUCAUCAGCAACGACAUGCGCCUGGGCAGCUGGUUUGACCCCUCCUGGAGGAAGCGCAUGCUGCUCACCCUGAAGAGCAAUAAGUACAAGCCUGGGCUGGUGCAUGUGAUGCUGGCCCUGUCCCUGCAGAUCUGCCUCACCAAGAACAGCACCCUGGAGCCCGUCAUGGCCAUCUACGUCAACCCCUUUGGAGGCAGCCACUCUGAGAGCUGGUUCAUGCCCGUGAACGAGGCCCACUUCCCGGACUGGGAAAGGACUAACGUGGACGCGGCUGCCCAGUGCCAGAACUGGACGAUCACCUUGGGAAACAGGUGGAAGACCUUCUUUGAGACAGUCCAUGUUUACCUACGGAGCCGAAUCAAGUCCCUGGAUGACAGCUCCAAUGAGACCAUCUACUAUGAGCCCCUGGAGAUGACAGAUCCCUCCAAGAACUUGGGCUACAUGAAAAUCAACACCUUGCAGGUCUUCGGCUACAGCCUGCCCUUUGACCCAGAUGCUAUCCGGGACUUAAUUCUCCAGUUGGAUUACCCAUACACUCAAGGCUCCCAGGACUCUGCCCUCUUGCAGCUCAUAGAGCUUAGGGACCGGGUUAACCAGCUUUCUCCACCUGGCAAAGUCCGGCUGGACCUUUUCUCCUGCUUGCUCCGGCACCGGCUCAAGCUGGCCAACAACGAGGUGGGCAGGAUCCAGUCCUCCUUGAGGGCUUUCAAUUCCAAGCUGCCAAAUGCUGUGGAGUAUGAGACAGGCAAACUCUGUAGCUAAUGGGGGGGGGGCACUUCAGUGCUGGACAGGGAGGGGAUCCAUGCAUCCAGGCACUCACCUUGGUGCCAACAAGGUGCUCCCUUGAGACUCUGCACCCAGCAGAUGAGACCUCGGGGAUUGGACUGACACAGGCAGGAGAGAAAGAAACAGCCACUGCACAUGCACACACUCACCCUGCGGGUAUGCGCGCGCGCGCUCUCUCGGGGAGGCUACAACUCAGCAGCCUUGUGUCUGUAAAGUCCGUGCUUUCCAAAAUGAAUGCAGUUGAAGGAGAGGAGCCAAGGGAGAGAUUAAGAAAAAGAACCAGCCAAACCAUGAAACAAACAAAUCCUUAAAAGUGAUUCUUAUCAUUCAAGGAAGCAAGAGGGGACAAACGGGAGGGGUGGAAGCUCCUGCUCCCCCUCUGUGGAGUCACUUUUGUAUUCUUUUUAACCAGGUUUCUUGGUGUUUCGUGAUUCCCACACUGGCUCCUACUUUUUGUACUCUGCCUCCUCUGAGCCCUCCCGGACGCUGACUGCUCCUCCAGGCGGCUCCUUUAGGAAACAGGGGAAGUGACACCAACUGAGGACACUCAGUGUGGGCAGGCGGCCUUGCUCCCCCUUCACCUUCCUCCCUCCCCCCUGGUCCCCUGGCUUCCUGGGCUACCCCAGUUUUGGGGCCGGACUUGUUCCACGUCCCACCCCUGGUCCAGCCAGAGCUCCCUUCCUACAGCCCCCAAUCUGUCCAAGAAAGCAGCUGUCCAGUCAGAGAGAUGAUGUCUAGGGAAAUGUUCUUUUUUAAAAAGAAAAACAAAAAUAUUUAUUUUGUGAUUGUUUUCCUUGUCAAUCUGCUCCAGCCACAUGAACAUAUGAGUAAAAAAUUUAACUGAUUUAAUAUA